UGUUGUUUUGUCUGAUGUGAAAUGUCACCGCUCCGACAGCAGGUGGCAGUAUGAAUCUCGUCAUAGACUGAGAGCGACAAGCAAGACUGUGGUGAGUGAGAGAAUUGUGUGCGGAAGUAUUCCCACGAUUUCUCUUCACUAAAAUCCUCAGACCCUCCAAAAUGAGUAAAUCAAGGACGACGAAGAAAGAGAAAAUAAGUGUGGCAAGCGAGAUUGACCGCAUUGAAGAGCGCAAAUUACACUGUAAAAACAACCUGGAGAGGGCAGAGUUCAGACAGAGAAAACAUCAGCUCUCGGACAGUGACAGGCUCGCGCUGGAAGAUGAGAUGACCAUAAUGAAUGAAAGAAUACAGAAAUAUGAAAAGGAGCUGCAGGUACUGAGAGGAGAGAACAGGAAGAACAUGAUGCUGUCCGUCGCUCUGUUAGCCAUCAGUGCCUUUUUCUACUACGCUUUCAUAUAUUAAAGAGGUAUUUUCUGUCAUGCCAAACACUGACUGAGAAAGAGCUAUGGGGAGACUGAAUUCCAUUCAUACCAUCAGUCUCCACUCGUCAUUGCUUUGUUCAGAGGUUGUGGUCAGUGUCAGUGUCGUUUUAGCCAUGAAUACAUUGUGCCAUCUUCAUCUUGGCUUCGGCAUCCUGGAUUGUCCGAACACUGCUUUAUGUUUGCUUUGUAACAGAGUGACAUUAGAUGCUUGCGCAUCAGAGAGAGACACAGACUGGGGAUUAAAUGUAUGUUUAUAUGAUCUUCAUUUUUGGGAACUCUUAUGUAUUUACGAGAUCACAAAUUCAGUUUAUAAAGCAUCAGUGUAACCGUAGAUAUUUACCCAAUAAUGACUCUCUGGUGUUUCUCUCCAGAUCACUGUUUAUUGCAUUUCAACAGGACUAACAUGCACAAAGGUGGGAGGGGCAGAGGGUGUUAUUCCAUCCAAAAAUAAAAUUUAUCAACAAAAUGUUCAAUUGAAAUAAAAAAACAGCCAUCAAUAAAAUGCAAUACUGUCCCAUUAAA